UAGAGGACGUUGAGGGGAGAUGUUAUUAGUAAAUCGCCUUUUCCAGAAUUUCUAAUGGUUUUCGACGCGCUGCUGGAAAGCAGGCGGACUGGAGCGGCCCUGUUGAGUAGGCUGCCAGUAAAUCCCCACAGCGCAGGCGGAGCCUCGCCGGUCUGACUCUGGGGCGUGAACGAGCUGCCGCCCGGCCGGUGGGCGCGCCCGCUGCGACGUUGCGGAGGCUUCAAGAUGGCGGAAGCCCUGACACCUCAGGAGCAGCUGGCUGUGGAGGAGUUCCUGAGGGAAGUGAGGAGCAGAGAGCUCCCCCACAGCGCUGGGCUCGUCUCCCAGCCCACAGCUGUUAAGUUUCUUAUGGCCCGUAAGUUUGACGUCUCCAGAGCCAUCGAUCUGUUCCAGGCAUAUAAGAAUACCCGGAUCAAAGAGGGUAUCAUCAAUAUAAACCCCGAUGAGGAGCCCCUCCGCUCCGAGCUGCUGAGUGGCAAAUUUACCGUCCUGCCUGGCCGAGAUGCUAAGGGUGCCGCUCUGGCCCUCUUCACUGCUCGCCUCCAUCGACCGGACGUCACCACCCACAAAGCUGUCCUGCAGGCCAUCAUCUAUCAGCUGGAUAAAGCCAUAGAGAGUUUGCAAACUCAAAGAGACGGACUCAUAUUUAUUUACGACAUGACGAACUCAAGUUAUGGAAACUUCGACUAUGAGCUCUGCGUCAAGAUUCUGAAUUUGCUCAAGGGGGCAUUUCCUGCUCGGUUAAAAUGCGUCUUCAUUGUUUCCUCGCCGCUUUGGUUUCGAGCGCCGUUCGCCGUUCUUCGCCUUUUUGUCAGAGAAAAGCUGAGGGAGAGGGUGUCUACAGUGAGAGCUCAUGAGUUGGUCAGUCAUAUCCCGGUCUCCUCCCUCCCCGAGCACCUUGGCGGGACGUCGCGGUACAGCCACGUGGCCUGGAUCCAGUCGUGCGUGAACGCGCAGACCGACGCGGUUCAGGGCGACACGCCAGAGCACGACGGGCACGACUGCGUGGGAAGCUUGUUGCGCUCCUACAGCCUGGACAAUAGCAACACGAGCCUUGGUUCAGUGCCUUCCCACCCCCACCAGGACACGGGGCGGGCCACGGCUAACGCCAACUGUUACGACGACAGCAACGCUAACCCUCAGAACCACGUGGAGGGCAGGACUCGAGGCCCGGGCCAGUACCCACCGGGCUCCAGCCCCGGCGCGGACAAGUCCCAGGGGAACCACCAGCACUGGAACGGCUCUGCCCUGAGCGCCUCAAACGCCAACGGCCGCGGCUGCCGGGCCUCUCCCCAGCCAGACGCUCCUCCCAACGCGAAGCGGGCGCAGAAAGCCGACGAGGGCUCGGCCGCCGGCGACGCGGCUCAGGAGGAGGUUCUGAAGGAGGAGCGGGAGCAGGAAGGCGUGCCUCCGCUGCCUCAGAAGGCUCUGCCUCGCCCACCCAACCAGCCUUCUUCACAGUCCCCGCCCCUGUCGUCACCGUGGGCUCCAGAGGACGAGGAGGAGGAGGAGGAGAGCCGCUACACGGAGGCGUCCGUUCACAUGCCGGACCAGGGAGGAAUGACGGUACACGAGCUGGUGGAGUAUGUGAAGAGGAAGAAGAAACGGGGCAUCUAUCAGGAGUACGAGGACAUCCGUAAGGAGCCUCCGGCAGGCAGCUUCGACUAUUCUAAGAAAAUGUCGAAUCAGAUCAAGAACCGGUACAGCGACGUUCUAUGCUUGGACCAAUCACGGGUCAGACUCUGUCAGCUCUGCGAUAACGAGGAUGAGACAUCGGAUUACAUAAACGCCAGUUUCAUGGAUGGGUACAAGAGAGGCAAUGCCUACAUCGCUACUCAAGGUCCGUUGCCAAAAACAUUUGCUGACUUCUGGCGAAUGGUGUGGGAGCAGAUGGUACUCAUCAUUGUCAUGACCACCAGGGUUGUAGAGCGUGGACGUGUCAAAUGCGGUCAGUACUGGCCUCUGGAGGAGGGUAGAACCGAGCAGCACGGAUACUUCAUGGUUAAGAACACACACAUCCAGGUGUUUCAGGACUUUAAACUCUCCCAUCUUGAACUAUACAACACGCAGUCCGGAGAGAAACGGGAAAUUUGUCACUACCUCUAUGUCAGCUGGCCAGACUUUGGGGUGCCUAAAAGUGCUUCUGCUAUGCUGGACUUUCGCGAGCAUGUACUUGAAAGAAGGAAGUCAGCAGUCCAAAGCCUGGGGUCCAGCUGGAGGGGCCCUCCAGGGGGCCCUCCGGUGGUGGUGCAUUGCAGUGCUGGCAUCGGACGUACAGGCACAUUCUGCACACUCGACAUCUGCCUGUCACAGCUGGAGGACGUAGGCACGGUCAACAUCCAUCAGACGGUGCGGAGGAUGCGCACACAGAGGGCCUUCAGCAUCCAGACCUGGGACCAGUACUAUUUUUGCUACACUGCCGUCAUAGAGUACGCCCAGCGACACGGGAGACUGAGCCCAGUGCAGUGGUCUGACUCAGAACUGGAGACGGACAGCGAGUGAGACACGCUUGCACGGGUGGUUAGUCGGACGUGAGCAUAAAAAGUCAUAGGAAUGAAAAUCAGAGGAGCAGCGUUUCUUACUAAAGGAUGGAGGUGAUCCUUUGACCAUAGGAGAGAGAGGAUAGUGGACUCCACCAGUUGCUCUUCCCUCACAUGGGAUGCAGUUGAAGAGCCGGAGCCCAAGAUGCAGUGCAGUAGAGGCUAUGCGCUGCAUCCGCCAUGAGCAAGCUGGCCUGCCAAUAUCCAAGCUCCCCCUUUCUUUUUUUUCUUUUUUUUUUUUUUAUUAAGCAAACUACAGAGGGGAGGGGCUUGGCCUGCCCUUACACGCCACGGUGACAAAAGCGUUGUACGACUUGUAGCAUUUUUAUAUCGACUUGCACAUUAGGAAUGAUGAACUUGAGCCUUCCCCCCCAUGAAGCCCCCCAAAUCCAAGUCUCAGUUCCUUUUUUUUUAUAUAUAUAUAUAUAUUUCUUGUUGCUUUUCAAACCAGUCUGGUUACAGAUGAGACACGACGUGUGUUGAAAGGUGAAACUUGAAAACAUUUCUCCUCAGUUUUUUUUUUUUUUUUUUUUUUUUUGCUCAUUUAAGACGAAAUGGUUUUUGGUAAGAAAUUGGUUGUGACUUAUUACUUUGCGAGCCAUUUGUUUCGUUUUCAUUUUAUCCAACUAUUUCAUAUCCUUUUUUUUUUUUCUGAUGACAAUUUUUUUUUUUAUAUGCGUUUCAUAUUUGUGCAUAUUUAGACUAACUUUUUAAAGCCAAAGGCCUCACCCUGAAUGCUUGGAUGUACUCCUUCCUGAGAUGCUAUAGACUGAAGCCCACAUAUAUUCCUUUAACAUAUAUGUAUAUUUUAUUGCGCAUAAUAACAUCCUCUGAAAUACAUGCUUAAAAUGCCUAGCAGAGUUUAAUUGACUUAACCUUGAGAGAGAAGAUCUAUGUAGCAAACCAGACAGAGAAUAACUAGAGUUCUGGGUUGUUGUUUUUUUUGGGGGGCUGAGUCUCUGAUAAGUCAGGUUCUAACACCAUAUCGCUGAUAUAUGCUGUACAUGCGUUGAGACUGGACGUUCUUGAGUAAUUUGGCCUUAACUCGGUUCACUGCCUCAAACAGAGCCUUGGAGGAGUAUUUAUACCCCUUGAACUGCUUCACGUGUUCUCACGUUACAGCCGCAGCCUUCGGUGUAUUCUGUGGGGAUUUUGUGCCGUAGACCAAGACAACGAAGUGCAUAAAUGUGAAGUGGAAGGAAAACGGGACGCGGUUUCUAAGACGUACAAACGAAAAUCGGCGUCUUGUGUUUGUAUUCAGCCUGCCAAUCACUGCAAUUAAAUAAUUGAUCUAUUGCGGUCACCCCAGGUUCUUUUAUCUGAUGUUUUCUAUUGUAGACUUCUGUAGUAAUACAAAGACUCUUGAUACCAAAACUAUAUUUUACCAUAUUUAAUCUAAAAGGCAGAGGGAUGUUUACAGCUUCAGUACCGGGCUCUCAUACACAGCAACGCAACUUGCAGAUUUCGGUACGCCAGAGAGCCCCGUUCAAUUACUCACACAGACAUUAAGUAGGACCCACUGUGUCCACUCAUUCAGGGGCGUGCCCAGUAGGUGUUCUGUUCAUCACAUUGGUGCAGAGGAUCAUGCUAUAAUGCAGACGUGUCCAAGCUGACACAUCUUCCCCUAAUCGGUCAUUCUUUCCAGUCUAAGUAUGUCAGACUGCGUGUCUCCAGAGUCUGUUUAUCUGUAAUUUCCAUAGUAAUGGACUUUGCAGUCCAGUCUCUGUAAUUGCUGCCGAUGUUGAGCGAAAUGUUUUGGCCGUUCUUUGCCUCCAUAGCUCAAGCUCAGUCAGGUUGGAUGGAAGACGUCCUUAAGCUGAGUUUUGGUCCGGACUUAAUCGCACAUGAAUGCGCGUUGAUGUAAGCCACUCUGGCUGUGUUUAGGAUGGCUUGUCCCGCUGGAUUUCGCCCCGUUAGAAAACCAUGACCACCACCUCUAUUCCUGCUGAUUAAAAAAAAAAAAUAAUAUCCCCACAUCAUGAUUCACUGUAAGGAGUUUACUGUUUCUGAUCUUAAACCUUUUACCCACGUCUUUCUCCUACCUGAUUUGUGGCAAACUGCAAAUUGUACAUCUCAUGGUUUUUCUUAGAAACAAUACCUUCUUGCUUCUUGUCCAUAAAGGAGAGAUUUGUGAAAAUAGUAGUUUUCCUGUCUGCAGAGUCUCUCACCUAACCUGGUGGAUCCCUGGGUGUUGAUAAUUUUCCUUCCACCUGACAGUUAUGCACCACUUCGCGUCGGUCAGUCACCUAAGAUCCCAGUAAAUGCACUGAUGUUUGUCGUCGUGGUCCAGCAACUAAGCCUUAGUGAUAAAGUUCAGUGAGAAUGAGUACUUUAGCAAAGCUCUGUAGCUGUCGUAACAAAACCACCUGUUGACCUUGUAUAAAAAUGUUUUUAUUUUUUUUAAAUCACCCUCCACCACACAGUAGUUGUUUGAUUCUUGGGGUGUUUUCUGCCUCAGAUAACGGUGCCUUCAUGUUUUCGUUAGUGUAAUGUGUUGCUAUUAUGUUGAAACGCCCAAACUAGUGCACUUGCUUACAGCACAUCUAGAGUCACAAAGGACGUCCAGUUUAGAGCCCACUACUUCAGAAAAAAAUAAAGAAAAACAAAAGUAGUGUUGUAUUUAAUAAUAAUAAACUCUGGUUUGAGACAUGGCUAUACUUUGAUCCUUUGACCUCAGGGGGUAACUCUAGUUUUCCUUUUUUUUAUCAUUAUUUUCUAAGUGUCAAAGAUCAGUUUCUUGGUUUGUAUCUGAUAAGAAGCAAAACCUUUUUAGGAAAACGUCCUUUUCUUUUGUAUUUUUUUUUUUACUGUAUAUUUUAUCCUACUGUAUUUGUCUUUGUACUUCUACAAUAUCAAAGUCCGUGAAUGUUGGUACGAUGCUACAAAGAAAACAGACCAGUUAUUACAUAUAAGCUGAACAACUCUCCUGGGGGAGUGAAAUGUAUUUUUGUUGUUGUUGUAGACAGAAAACAUUUUUGGUGAAAAUUGUCACUUGUCAUAAUAUUUUCAGAACUAACAUGUAAAAGUGGUGUUUGUCCAGUUUUUGGGGAAGUUUUCCUUUUUUUUUUUUUUUUUUUUUUUAGGGGGGGCUGUAACUGUUUCCUAACGGUAUCACAGAACCCGCAGUAAGGAUGAUGUUACCAAUCAGUGGUCUCGUACCCUAAGCCAAGGACAAAGCAAAAAAAAAAAAAGCUAUCAAGAGGAAUAAUUACCAAGUUAACGAACUAUAAGCACCUAUUCUUUCUGUUGUACGUAUAAUUGGAGGUAAUCAGCAUGGAAUGAGAGCCUUGAAUGUGUUUGGGGGGUAAUGGUGUCAGAAGUUAGUCAAACAUACAUGGAUAGUUUCUUGUGAAUGUGGACCCUGCAACCCUUAAUGCCAAAGGCCCAGGCUCACCUUAGAGAUGAUUUUUUUUUUUUUUAAGUUUUAACAUUCUCAACCGUCUUCUUGCAUGGACGCUACCAGUGCAGCCUUUCAGUCGUAUGCACCGGAUCUCCAGAGCACUUCGGCUACGUUGCUAACCUUUAGGUAAAGCUGCGGAACGCGUACGGAGGAGGGGUGCUGGUCCCUGUGCUUUUAUUCUUUAUUUUUCUAAGGAAAGGAUAGAAUACAUUUCAGACUGGUCUUUGUUUUUCACAUGUGAUUGAAUUAUGGCCUUUUACAUGCUGUCAACCCAUUAAAGCAAUGAUCUUACUAUCUUGAA